CUCACAAACACAUAUAUAAGUUAGGAUCUAUUACAACCUUUUUUUUAGAGCGAAUGGCGAGAGCGAGAGAGGGUGCUGGUUUUCGAGUGGGGUUUUCGACAGCCAGGGACAGUGGCAAGGGCUUCAGCCGGCAGCUUCCAGGUUAUGGCAGGCAAUUUAUAGGGCGGGUUUCUAAUGUAUUUGACAAGGAAAGAAAGUUAAACCAGAUAUGGAUUGAUUCUUAUCGUCUCAAGGUCAAGUUGGCAGAGAACGUGAAAAGAGGGAAGGAGGUGCAAUUGGGGGGGAAAGAACAAAUAGCAGGAGAAACAAUGGGGUCAAUGGCAAUUGAGAUUGUGCCGGAUAAGGAGGAUGUCCAGUUGUUAGAGGCAGAUGUGGUGCCAGUGAACAUAGCUGAUAGGGUGGUUGAGCCAUCGACAGAAAAGGAUACCGAAGAUAUGGUAAUGACAAUCCAGAAUAGGUUCGAUGUUAAUGGAUUAAUGGUGAAUGUGGCUUUGUUAGGAGGUAGACAAGUUUUAUUAUUGGAUAAAACAGAGGGAUGUCUCGAGGAGUUUUUCAAGUGUAAUAGUGAUUUGGUAGAGUCAUGGUUCGAAUGGAUACACACAACCUCUCUAUUGGCUAUGCCUUCAAGAAGUAGAAUGGUAUGGCUUGGAUUUGCUGGCGUUCCAUUGAAAGCAUGGAGUGAGAGAUGUUUCACAGAGUUAGGAGCUUUAUUGGGAGAGGUGAUGCUCGUUGAUGGAGACACAAAGAGCAAAUCGUUGAUGGAUCUGGACUGGUGGUUGGUCAAGGAACGACGGAAUCCGUCAAGCUCGGAAUCAGGUUCUGAAUUUUCCGAUGACGGUUACGAUGAUGACUUAAAUGUGGCCGGGUUUUCAGGCGAGGAUGAUGGAAAUAUUGAUGAAGAGUUUCUGGCUGGUAUCGUUAAAGGAAAGGGAUACAGCCGGUUUCGAGAAGGCCUGAAGCCGGGGGCGGUGUUUUUGCUGGAGGUUCUUCGGUUGGCUAGGAAGGAGAAUCCUGAUUUUUUGUUUCUUCAAGAAACGAAAUUGGAAGAGGUUGAGGCUUCGAUGUGUAAAACCUUAUGGAAUUUAGAAGAUUUUGAUUGGAUAAUGCAGAAAUCAGUGGGUAGUUCAGGAGGCUUGUUGUGCAUAUGGAAUAAGAACAGUUUUGCUAGACAGAGUGUGAUAGAGGGUAGUGGUUUCAUUGGGAUAUCUGGUGAAUGGGGUCAUGAGAAGCUAAAGUGCAACUUUGUCGAUGUGUAUGCUCCGUGUGAUAGACAAAGGAAGGCCUUGUUGUGGGUGGAAGUGGGGGUUGAUAAAUUGUUGAAACAGAUUGAAAUGUUGGACAAAAAAAGCGAGGAGGUAGAGUUGAAUGAGACUGAGGUGGCAAUUAGAAGAGAAUGUUUUCAGGAGAUGUGGGAUAUUUUGAGGAAGAGGAAAGCGGUAUGGAAACAGAAAUCGAGGAAUACUUGGUUUCGUCUUGGGGAUGCUAAUACCCGUUUCUUUCAUGGGAGUGUUCAGGCUAAGAGAGCACAGAAUACAAUAUCAGGUGUCUUAGGUGAAGGUGGGUGGAUUGAGAAGCCAGAGUUGGUUAAAAUGGAGGCUGUACGGUAUUUUAGUGAAUUGUUUCAGAAGGAUCAGUGGAACUGUCCAUUAAUGGGGGAGAUUCAGUUCAACAGAAUAUCAGUGGAAACAGAAAUCAAGGAAUACUUGGGUUUGUCUUAGGUAUGCUAAUACCCAUUUCUUUCAUAGGAUUGUUCAGGCUAGGAGAGCAUAGAAUACAAUAACAGGUGUCUUAGGUGAAGGUGCGUGGAUUGAGAAGCCAAAGUUGGUUAAAAUGGAGGCUGUACGGUAUUUCAGUGGAACCGUCCAUUAAUGGGAGGGAUACAGUUCAACAGAAUAUCAAUGGAAAAACGGGAGUAGCUGGAGAGGGCCUUUUCCAUUGAAGAAAUAGAAGAUGGUCUUAAGAGUUGUGAUGGUUCAAAGGCACAAGGUCUAGAUGAUUUUCAUUUUAAUUUUACAAAGUUUAUGUGGAGCACUUUGAAGAAUGAUUUUUUUGGAUUUUUUAAAGGACUUUCAUCAGCAUGAGAGGUUAAUGCGUGGUUUAAAUUUUUCAUUUUUAGCAUUAAUAUCGAAGAAAUUAAAUCCUGUACAUUUCA